AUGGACCUUUUCAGGUCUGCGGUGGAAUCUUUCUGCUUCUCUAUUCAGGCCCUGCUGUCUAAGCGAAGCAAUCUAGAGGACAGUUUUCGCUUAAUUGGACCAGAAGUUCUUUACUGUGAUGUAGUUGGCAACACUGUGGACUGGAGUGAUGCGCCUCCACUAUGUGAAAAGAUCUUGUGUAGACCACCUGAGAAAAUACCAAAUGGGAAGUACUCCAGUAGUCACAAGGAAUUUUUUGAAUAUGGUGAAGUUGUGACUUACACUUGCAACCCUUCAGCUGGACCAGAUAAAUACUCCCUUAUUGGGACAAACAGGCGUAUUUGUUCUGGUGAUGGAGAUUGGACCGGCACCCCUCCUCGGUGUAAAGUGGUUAAAUGUCCAUAUCCAGUGGUAACCAAUGGACUGCCAAGAUCAAUAAUUCCAAACAAAUCUUACUACAACACAACGGUUUUAUUUGACUGCCUCCCAGGUUUUGUCCUACAAGGCAGCGACAUAGUCAGGUGUGACGCUGACAGUAGGUGGAAGCCUGAAUUACCAACGUGUGUUCCAGAUUCCGAGCCUACAGUUACUACCCCGACUCAAGCUUCAAGAGAUCCCAGUUCAGUAAAUCAUUAUUGUACCUACGUUGUUAAGAAUUGUAUGAGUGAUGCCCUGUAUUUACUGUAA